AUGUCGAACCUGUUGUCCUUGCCCAUGCUGAUUAUUGUGAACCCAUGGGCUCUUCAUGUCAUACUCCCAGUCUUGCUCAACCAGAUUGCCACCACUGGUGAAUGGCAACUCAAAACUGGCGCCCUUAACGUUUUGGACGUGUUGGUCAUCAAUGCCGCGGACCAAAUGUUCAAGGCAAUGCCUAAAAUUAAAGUGGCUUGUACCUCUUUGACCAAAUCUUGCGCUCUCUUCUCCAACAAAGAAAUUGAGAAUUUCAUUCCAGCCCUCAUCUCCGCGCUGAUCAACCCUGUCAAAGAGACCUUAGAGCUCUCGCUUGUUGAUCUGCUGGCUGCCGUGCACUCCAAGGGAUCCAAAAAUCUUGGUCAGAAGAUCAUCAUCUCCCUCCCAGUGCCCAAGCGCCUGCAUCCACGGGUGUUGAGAGCAGGCAUGGGCGGCCUGCUCUACCAAAACCCGUCAGUCAAAGAUGCCAAGCGGGAUGCGCUGCAGCUUAAGUUCACUGUGCAUCUAUGA